AUGUUUCAUGCGUUAAGUCAGGGCGACGAAUUAGAUAAUCGUUGGGAAGACUAUAGCCCACAUGAGGUGAAUGAGAGAAGUUACUUAUUACAUGAUCCAAAUGAACAUACUCAAACUCAACUUAUAAAUUGGAUUGGAAAAACUUGGCGAAGAGCAAUAAUCUUAAAUUUCUUGCCCGUUUCACUGGUUCUUAUAUGGGUAUCAAUUCCAUUUCCUACACAUGAUCCAAAUCCUAACAAUGAAGCAUACAAUGCGAUCGCUUUACUGUUAAUCACCAAAAUAUUUGACCUUUAUUCGUUGAACUGGUGGCCAAAAUGGCUUGGUGGUGUAUUCGCAUAUACCGUAUUUUGGCUGCUCUCUUUGACGCUUGGGGUCUUCAUUUAUUUAUUUACCGGAUUAGAGAAAUACACAUUAACUUGGGUUUUACUUACUUUCCUGACAAUGGCAAUGCCUUUAUUAGUGGCAUUCAUUGUAAUUCGAUCUCAAAAUCGAAACACCUAUAGACAUUCAUUGACAUUAGCACAAAAAACCUUUCUUGAAAGACAAUUACCAUAUCGAAUUCCAGCCUCAUAUCUACGCUUUUUAUGGUUUUGCUGUGCAUUAUCAAUCGCACUUCUUGCAUUAAUAGCCGGUGAAGGCUAUGCUUAUGUUUUUCUCUCCACAUUACCACACAAUGGGUGGGACGGAUUAGUUUAUGUGUACUCUUGGGUCGUAACAAUUUACAUUUUCGAUUCGCUCACCGACUACAUCAUCGAAACACGCAUAAAAUCCUACCCACUAUCAUCCGUUUUUAAACUUUACUUUUUCAUGAUCUACUUCAUUUUUUAUCGAAAUCUUUUCGCAAGAUUACGUUCAUGGAACCAAUUUUUCAUUGUUCAACUGGCAAACUCGUUAUGGGUCUGCAUCUUCUAUCCGUUGUGUAUGACACAGCCUGUAUAUAUGGGUUUGGUUUAUUUCGCGGGGGUUACAAAAACCUAUGACCAAUAUAAGAAACAUUUGGGACGCUCGUUCUUUUUACGGAAUCUCGCGGAAAACGCGACAAUGUUGGGUUUUCUUUGCUGGGUUCUCAUUCUUCAUUAUGGACCGAAUAAACGCGCGUACCCCUAUUUCCAAUUUGAUGAUGGAAAUGAAUAUACUGUUGAGCUUACGGUUAAAGCAAGUAUCGGUGUGUGGAUAAGUGAGUUAACAAGUUCUUAUGUAACGCGACACAUAUUUCGAAAAGCUUUCAAACAUAGCGUUAGCGAGGAAGCGGUAAAAGAUUUUGUGAGGUACCCGGAGAUGAUUGUGACUAUGAUGCUCGUAGUUAUUCACGUGUUGCAGGAUAUGCUAUUAGCCACGCUCAAACUUAACUUUGAAGGUGGAAAUUCCGCCAUACCUGUUCCCCAUGCAUAA